AUGCCAUCUGCAGCAUCGCCAAACCCGAGGGCGGGCUCUGCUCAACUCGAUGAACUUGACAGAUUACUGGACUACGAUAAUGCCGUCGAAGACUUCAUGAGGGACAUACCGAUUGGCAACAACGAUCAGAACAACCAGACCACGGCCGAGCAGCCAGCAGUAGACGACGAUCAAGAAGUUCAGGUGAAGAAGAAGAGGAAGCCAGUACCAAAGCUUGACGAGAAUCGUCUGCUGUCUGACCAAGGCAUUCCUCGACUUCGCAAGAUCACCAAGACGCGGCUGAAGUUUCGUGGAAAGGGACACGAAUUUUCAGAUAUAUCACGACUUCUCAAUACAUACCAACUAUGGCUGGACGACCUGUACCCACGUGCGAAGUUCCGCGAUGCUCUGGCAAUGGUGGAGAAAGUCGGUCAUAGCAAGCGAAUGCAAGUCAUGAGAAAGGCGUGGCUGGAUGAUACGAAGACAGGGAGAAGGGACAAUGACCAUGAUGUGGAGAUGUCUGGAGGUCUUGGAGAUGGAGGAGAGGACGAAGGCGCACAGCCAUCGGCAGAGGACCUGUUUCAACAGAUGCUCCGAGACGAGCCUGACGCUCAAGAUUCUGCUCGGAAAAGUCCUGAAAAUGAUGCACCUGACGAAGAUGAGCUGGAUGCGCUCCUGGGUCAAAAUGAGAACUCGCCCGCGAAUAUGCCGCAACCCUCGCAGCAGAAGCGGUCAGGGCCAUUCGAUGAGGAUGAUUCAGACGAAGAUGAGCUGGACGCGCACUUGGCCCAAUCUACUGGCAAAGAGGAGCCGCCUCGAUCCGAGAACCCGUCUGGCGAUUCAAAUGAUCCUGAUGAAGAUGAGCUAGAUACUCUCUUAGCCGAAGAAACUACGGAAACGCGAAAAGAAAGCAAUUCACUUGCCCGUGGCGCUCAAUCGGCGACCUCGGGGCAUGAGAAUGAGAACGACUUCGCUGAGGAGGAGGAGAUAAUGGCGAACAUGGGCGGCAUGUGGUGA